AUGAGAUGGGGGCUUGAUUUUCUUUUCUUUCUUUUUCAAUAUUAUUAUUACUCAUUGUGCAACAUUUUUCAUGUCUUGUGCACUUUUUGUUCUGCUUCUCUGCCCCCCUCCCGCCAAUGCCGAGGGUAUCUGGCCCUUUCGACAUCCCCCCCCAAGCAGUGUAUCUGCCACCUUUUAAACCUCCCCCCCUCUGCAGUGUAUCUGCCCCUUUUACCCUCCCCCUGCAGUGUCUGUCCUUUUACCCCCCCUGAGUGUAUCUGUCUCUUCUCCCCCCCCCCCUAUACAGCUGCAUUUGUCUCUCUACCCCACUUUUUCUGUCCCCCCCGUCUCUCUAACCUUACUCCCACAAUUGGUUCCCCUCUUCCACCCCAACUCUUUUCUCUCCCCCACCACACUGCUUCUUGUUGCCUCUUUUCUCUUCAUUCACCUAGACACCCUUUCUGUUAUUGUCUCCCUUCAUCCUUGAAGUCUCUCAUCCUUUCUCCUUCUUUCAUUGCCCAUGUCACACUUGGCUCCACUGUCUAUAAAGGAAGCUUUUAUUUCUUCUUUAUGGUUUGUUGA